CUCAAGGCAGACUGGGUUCUACCAGAAAACCAGAGAAAGAAGUCACUCGAAUGGUAAUAAUUAUGAUCCUGGCCUUCCUUGUCUGCUGGUCACCCUACGCUGCGUUCUCUAUUCUUGUCACAGCACACCCAACAAUAGAGCUGGAUGCAAGACUAUCUGCAAUCCCAGCCUUCUUUGCAAAAACAGCUUCCAUGUACAACCCAGUUAUCUAUGUCUUCAUGAACAAACAGUUCAGAAGAUGUCUGCUUCAGAUGUUCCACUGCCAUGACCUGGAACCUAAAGAGUCCAACAUUGCAACUUCGGAGAGAGCAGUGGUGAAUCGCAAUGGUGGAGAAAUGCAGGCCAUAGCUGCACACAUAACAUCCAACAGGAAGACUGAGGAGGAAGAGAGCACUUGCAAUUCUUUUGCUCAGCUGCCAAUAUCAGAAAACAAAGUAUUCCCAAUCUAGCCUGCUUGGGUGCAAAGUGUACAACAUCUGCAGAGUGCUGAUGCAUGAACCUUCUUUCUUUUCUAGGAAGAUGUGGCCAGGAGAACACAUAAGACAGGAUAAGGCCUUAUAUUGGUCAAUAAAUAUUCAUGGAGACUAUUUGACAGUUUGUGUUCAUAAUAAGUGCUCGGCUGUGACUUGGAUAGUUGUAUAAUCAAUAUGCAUUUGUAUGCAGUUUGCUGCAGAAAAAAAAUUCACAUGGAUAACUACACUAAAAUGAAGGUCAAUUUUGUAGAUGAACUUGGAAGGAAUCAUAAGUAGAAUAAUUAUUUCAUUUAUAUGCAAUCUUCAGAGAGUUUUCAAAAUUUAA